AUGACCUCUUCCAAGCCAGCGACCGAAACGAUCAUACAGCAGCAGGAAGAGCUCAAGCAGAGCUUGCCCUUUGCCGAUGAUCGUGAUUUUGAUGAUGUGAAUAGAGGCCUUUUAGGCACACUCGACCCCAAUACCGUCACCAACGAGAAUGGUGAAGUCGUCUGGGACAAUGAAGCCUACGCCUUUCUCACUGAAGACUCUCCCAACGAAGCCAACCCUAGCCUGUGGCGGCAGUCAAGACUCACUGCCACGGCUGGCCUAUAUCGCGUCCACCCUCGGAUCUACCAGGUCCGGGGACUUGACCUCUCAAACGUCACCCUCGUGGAAGGUGACGAGGGCCUUAUUGUAAUUGAUCCUCUAACGUCGAAGGAGACAGCUCAAGCAGCUUUCAAUUUGUACAAGCAAUACCGGAGCGAUCGACCCGUCAAGGCCGUCAUCUACACGCAUUCCCAUGUCGACCAUUUUGGCGGUGUCAAGGGAUUUGUCACCCAGGACUCCGUUGACUCGGGUGCCGUUUCUGUUCUGGCACCCGAAGGCUUCCUCGAGCACGCUGUUUCGGAGAACGUCUUCACUGGCACGUCGAUGAGCCGCCGUGCCGCCUACAUGUACGGCGCAGCUCUUAUUCGUGGACCACAGGGCCAGAUUGGCGCUGGCCUGGGACAAACAGUCUCGACAGGGACCGUCACGCUCAUCGCACCAACCGAUAUCAUCACCCGGACAAAGGAGGAGAGGGUUAUCGACGGGGUCAGAAUCGUGUUCCAGAUGGCACCCGAUACCGAGGCCCCUGCCGAGAUGCUCUUCUACUUCCCCCAGUUCAAGGCGUUGUGCGCUGCCGAAGACGCCACACACACAUUCCACAACCUACUUACACUGCGCGGGGCGGUUGUCCGCGACUCGCACGGAUGGGCCCGCAUCCUCACCGAGACAAUCGACCUGUUUGGCGACAAGACCGAGAUCAUCUUCGCCUCCCACCAUUGGCCUACUUGGGGCAAGGACCGGGCCGUCGAGUUCCUCACGUCUCAGCGCGACCUUUACGCAUAUGUCCAUGACCAGACCUUGCGCUUGCUGAACAAGGGCUACACCGGCAUGGAGAUAGCGGAACUCAUGACCUUGCCUCCAGCCCUGGAAAACUCCUGGAGCGCCCGCGGCUACUACGGCUCCACCAGCCACAACGUCAAGGCCAUCUACCAGCGCUAUGUCGGCUGGUUCGACGGCAACCCGUCGCACCUGUGGGAGCACACCCCAGUCGAGAGGUCCAAGCGCUACGUCCACCUCGCGGGCGGCAUGGAGCAGAUGUUGGCCAGGGCCACGCACGCAUUCGACUCCGGUGACUUCCGCUGGGCGGCCGAGUUGCUCAACCACGCUGUCUUUGCCCACCCCAACCAACCCCGGGCACAGGCCUUGCUGGCGGAUACAUACGAGCAGCUGGGCUACGGGUCCGAGAACGGCACCUGGAGGAACUUUUUCAUAUCGGGCGCGACGGAGCUGCGCUCGGGCAACUUUGGCACACCCACGGCCACCGCCUCGGCGGACGUCAUCGCCCAGCUGACGCCCGAGAUGCUCUUUGACUCGAUCGCAAUCCAGGUCGACGGGCCGAGGGCGUGGGACCAGAGACUCACGAUCUAUGUGGUCCUUACGGACAGAGCCAACCAGUCCGGCGGACCGGGCGAUCCCGACAAGUACCGUCUGUGGCUCUCCAACGGGGCCCUAAUCUACACGGCCGCGCCUCAACCGACCGCGCCAGACGCUACUAUUACUGCCACGACCCGCACGCUGCCCGCUCUCGUCUUGUACGGCCUUGAUCCCGAGCAACUUGAGAAAGAGGGGAUCGUGGUCGAUGACCCAUCGAAUGUGCUUGGAACUCUGGCCGGGCUGCUCGAUCCAGGCGACCCCAACUUUAACAUCGUGACACCUUGA